CAAACUUGGGCCAUUUAUUUUGGAAUUGGCUAUAUAGGGUCCUUUUCCCAUUCUAUUAACCCGAGUUCCGGCCCAGUCAAUCCAAACCGCACAGCACUUUACUCUCAUCUGGACCGUUGAAUUUUCUCUAUAUAAUAUAAUGAACUCUCCAAGCCCUAGGGUUUUUAUCUUCUAUCAAAGCAAGUGAUUCCGUCACUCUCACAGAUCUGUCCGCCGUCGCCGAACACUCAGAGAUCUGUGAAGAUGUACACGUCAAGGCAAAAGAUUCACAAAGACAAAGAUGCUGAACCAUCUGAAUUUGAGGAGUCUGUUGCACAGGCUUUGUUUGAUUUGGAAAACACCAACCAAGAGCUGAAAAGUGAAUUGAAGGAUCUAUACAUCAAUUCAGCCGCUCAAAUUGAUGUGUCGGGAAAUAGGAAAGCUGUUGUUAUUCACGUGCCCUACAGACUGAGGAAAGCUUUCCGCAAGGUCCAUGUCCGUCUUGUUAGGGAGUUGGAGAAGAAAUUCAGUGGAAAGGACGUGAUCUUCAUUGCAACCAGGAGGAUAGUGAGGCCCCCAAAGAGAGGCUCUGCUGCCCAACGACCCCGCAGCAGGACUCUUACUUCUGUCCAUGAUGCCAUAUUGGAGGAUUUGGUUGUACCUGCUGAGAUCGUUGGAAAGCGAACUAGAUAUCGCGUUGAUGGAUCUAAGAUUAUGAAGGUCUACUUGGACCCCAAGGAGCGUAACAACACCGAGUACAAGCUGGAGACCUUUUCCGCAGUUUACAGGAAGCUCUCCGGCAAAGAUGUUGUGUUUGAGUUCCCCCACAUUGAGGCUUAAAGAUACAAAAUAGUGGCGUUUGAUCUCUUUUGAUGCAAAACUAUAAAUUAGUGGCUGCUUUAUAAAGUUUUGGCGUUUAAAUUUUGUUUUUGACUGUUUAUUGGAUCUUAUUAGAACUUUGUUGAAAUGCCCUAGAUUAUCCGACUUGUUUGAAAA